UACUGCUAGAGCUUUAUUUGACUUGGACGCCGAUCUGCUGGCACGACAUGAGCAGCUAAAGGGAACUAUCAUGUUUGCUGAGAUGCGGAUGGCCCACGCCUUGUAUUUGUCAUAAAAACAUCUUGAAGCAAACAAUUAAAUUGGAUGAGCGAAUCAUAACACAAGCUCUUCCAAUGUCGGUUCUAGAGGAUGUUUUGGAUUUGCUCCGCACCGUAUUGGCGUAUUUCGGAGUACCCCAAGAAAUGUUGGUGCCAGGGUGGGACAGUGAGCUGUGUGGACAGUAUCGAAGCAUUGUCCGUAUGAUUGGGACCAAUAUUCCUAUGACACCUACACCCCGGGUCCACUUCCAGAUCCCUCUGCACACUUACCGGUCUCAUGGCUACGUUGAUGUUACAAUGGAUACGCACGCCAUACCUUCAUUUGCGGAUGUGUUGUGGCUGGCUGAGGAUGAUGGCGACAGCUUGACCCAGAUCAGAAACCGGUUGCCUCCGUCAAAUCAAAGCGUUGUCCAUCGGGACAUUGUUGGAAGACCGGUGCGGCUGCCGAGCCGAGCUCAUAGCAGAGCCCCGUUGCUGGGGCAGAACAGCGACCCGGAGGCCCUGAGGAAAAUCACAUUCCUGGAGGAUGAGCUCCUGAAACUACGAGCCCAGAUAGCGAUCAUUGUCACCGCGCCACAAGGUUUGACGCCUGCCCAGACUCUGCUCGGUACACAUUUGUUGUCUCCUCAACUUACUUCCACACCACGAUCUGCACCUCCUCCUCCUCCACCACCACCACCACCGCCUCUUCCUCCCCCCUCGUCUGGGCCCGGGGCUCCCGAUGAGACGCUGCCUCUGUCGCACCUGAUCCGACAGCGCAGGCUGGCCAACAACCCAGCCCAGGGCUCUGUCUCAGCCAAGGCCAUGCCCUCCAUGCUAGAUGUCCUUAAGGACCUGAACAGUGUUACGCUGCGCUCUGUGAAGAGGUCCCCAGGAGGUAGGCCGGUGAAACCCAGACGCAGCGGAGGUAAAAGCCUCGCCUUGCCCAGCGACCCUGCCUCCCUCAUCGCCGAGGCGCUGAGGAGGAAGUUUGCCCACCAACUCCACAACACCUCCUCCGACAAAGAGAACUCAAUGGAGAGCUCGCCUUUCGGCAGCCCAGAAUCCCCUCGGGUCAUUCAGCCAAGCAGACGGAGUCGGGGGCGCCUCCACCUCUAAACUUUUAAAAGUUAGGACGUUAGGAAAGUUUGAAUGUUGGCUUAUUGUUUGAUGCAGUCAAUGUAUGGAGAAAGUUGUUUUAAUAAUGGGAUCUUCUUUCCUGUCAUGCGAAUUUGUUUUGUUUUGUGUGCAGCUCACGGUUAGAAUGAAAUGUGUAAUAAUGUUAUUGAAGCUGUGCUAUAACGAUGUGAGAUUGUAUAUGGCUAUAUUUUAUUUUUUUAUAUUUUUUAUGUUGGUUAUGUGAGUUGGGGCUUCUAAAGAUAUGGAUUUAUUUUAUGCAAAUGCUAUUUCGUCUGGAUAAUUUUUAUGUUUACGUGUACAUAAAUGAAUUGUUGAAUCAUCCACAUAA